AUCUUCUUUUAUCAAUGAUUGAGUUUGUUUAUUCACCGACCGACUAUGUAUGCAAUGAAGUUGUUCCCAUCGAUUCGGUUUAUGUGUUAGCAGCGCUGUCAACUGUCAAACUUGUCAUUUAGUACAAUUGAAGGCGAAUAUCAUACGGGCUUUGUAUCUUAUUGCAUCGACAAACCUAUUUUCAACGAAACAAAUUGAAAGCAAAUCCAAACAGUUCUAGGCUAAUAAAUCAAUUGUUAUUGUGUUGCUAUUUUUAAGAAAUUUAUCGAUUAAAUUUAAUUUUUACUUGUUUUGAGAAGUCGUACAUGAAAGUUAAGUGGCAUUGAAAGAACGUUUGUACAACAUUCCAGCGUCUAGAGGUGUAUAAAUCAAGAUAAGCAUGUUUGGUUUGCCGAUGCAAUGAGAAAAUCACAAUUCAGUUGAAUGAAAUAACGGUGUGCCAUUGCAAACGAAUAUAACACAUAAAAAUGACACAAAAUUUACUAUUUAGCUUUGGAUUAGCCGGCAUUAUUCGUUGCAUUCUCAUUACAUCGAAUUUUGCCGAAUCGAUUCGAAACCGAGUUGAAAUCACAACACCAUUAAAUUCAUGGAAAAGAAUUCAGGAAGGAGCAUUUUUGUAUGAGAACAACAUAAAUCCGUAUUCAGGUGACUUGUAUCAUGAGAACCCACUAAUUUUGUACGCAUCAAAUCUGCUCAUACGCUAUGCUAGUCCAUUUAUUCCCUAUUUAUUCGUUGGCUGUGAUUUAUUAUGUGCAUUUUUGUUGUAUCGAAUGGCUAAAGAUUUUAUUGCUCAACAGUUCAGUACACAACAACGUCGAUUGCAGUAUUACGCCAAAGGAACACAACAACUUCAUAUAAAAUAUAGUGAUUUAAUUGAUAUACCGAUAUUUGUUGCAUUGGCCUAUCUCUUCAAUCCGUAUGCGAUUUUCAAUUGUGUAGGUCAAACGACAACCGUAUGGAGUAAUUUAUUUUUGGCCGCAUUUUUAACUUUUCUCAUUCGAAAGUGUUCGCUUUUGUGUUGCCUGUGUCUGGCGCUUGAAACGCAACGCAAUUUUUAUCCCAUUGAAUUAAUCAUACCCGCAUCAUUGUAUUUGAGUUUGCGCGAAGUAAGCAAUGAUGAGGCUGUCGACUUAAUUGAAAACAAGACGUUUAAGUGGAGCGAUAUUGUCGGCGUCAUCGUCAAAUUCGGUAUCGUUCUAACGGGGCUGCAUUUAAUUUCGUAUUGCAUUAUAAAAGAUUGGAGUUUUCUUGACGCAACAUAUGGUUUCAUUUUGAAUCAUCGUGAUCUGCAACCGAAUAUCGGAUUGUUUUGGUAUUUUUUCACAGAGAUGUUCGAGCACUUUCGACCGCUGUUUUUAUUCUCAUUCCAAAUGAAUGCCACCGUACUCUACUUGGUGCCACUGACAAUAAAAUUACAUAAGCAACCGAUAUUCUUGGCAACCAUUCUUAUCGCACUCACAUCCAUAUUCAGAUCGUAUCCAUGUGUUGGUGACAUCGCAUUUUAUAUGGCUCUCUUUCCACUGUGGAAACACUCAACGAUUUUGAUGGCGAAUUAUUUUGUUGUGUUCUGCUUUUUCCUCAUCACAUCGGCACUCGGUCCAACCGUUUGGUACCUGUGGAUCUACUGUAAUUCAGCCAAUGCAAAUUUCUAUUUCGGUGCCACGUUGGCCUUUGCGAGUGCACAGAUAUUUCUGGUGACUGAUUUACUGUUUGCGUCGAAUAAGCGAGACUUUUGUUUGCGUCACGGACUAAAUCGAUUGAAUCAAUUAAUUUUAGAAUAAAAGAACAAACUACAAGUUUUAAGCCAUUCACACAAAUUGCAAA